UCCUGGCUGAUGAUGCUGCCCCAACAAUAUGGCUGUUAGUUGUAAAAGCCACUGGGAAUUAAUCUUCCCUUUCAUUCCCAUUUAUCACUCCUGCCCUUUUAUGUAAGGAGAGUUUUAGUGCGGUUGCAAUGCAGACUCAUUCUGUGGGGUCCUGCCUGCUGCUGUCCUUUGACAUGCAGAUAUUUGACAUGAGCCUUCAGCUACUCCACGCUGCUUCUUUUGGCUUCUAGAAACUCAGCUUCGCAAACUGUAAAGGGUUACUGCAGAGUCAGGAAAACAGAGAAGAUGAGGUCUCUGCAGUGAUAUGAAACCUUCACGUUGCACGUGUGCAGUUUGUUUUCACACAUUCAUCUGCCUGUCAGACACUAUUAGUGAGAACAUAAAAUUAUAUGGAGGGGUAGGGCUGUAGCUUUUGUCUUUUUUAUGCUAAGGCAAAUUGAGGAUAGCGAGAUGAUGCCAAGUCAAAAUAAGCAUAUCUGUAACUCUUUUAGGGCUAGCACUAAAAUAAAAAUGAGAUGUGACAAGGGUCUAAAGCAAAUGGAAAUUAUAAAGCUGAAAACACAAAUGUGAAAGACGAAUGAUUCCUGUUAACUUCUGUCUGUAUUGAAAAAGACUAUGUCAAGAACAGGGUUUAAAUUUUUUUGGCUGCCCACUUGCAUGGGACAGAAUGUAGUUAAAACAAUUAAUGUAAAAGCUUAUUCCUAAGCAGGCAUAUGUCUGGAGAAAUAAAGGACUGACACAGCACCACAGGCUCAUGGUGGGUGGAGUGGUGGUGCUCCUGCACGCUGGAUCAGGUUCUGGCCUUUUCUACCUGCAGAAAGCGAAAGUGUUUCUAAUGAUUUCAACAGAGCAAUAUUGCACAAAGAUUUUUAUAUGAAAAAAAUCGGAUUGAAAGUGGCAAGCAUGAUGGGAAUACAGUCUUUCAGAUUAUUUGCUUUGAUUUCCCCCUUUGUUUUAACCACUUCCUGGCCAGCGUGCAGCAAGAACAAAGCCAUGGUCAUCUUAAAUGAUUUUCUAGGCAUUUUAAGAGAUGCUCUUGCAGCAUAGAUGAAGCAUUAAUGUAGUAUCGCUUCGGUGUGCCUGGGGGAUUUAUGUUGUGUUGAUUCAGUGAUGAAUCAAGUAGGCAAUAUCCAGUGCUGUAAGUGGUACUGCUAACAUUGUUGGAGAGGGGCUGGAACAGCUGGCAGGGGAAGGACAGGGAUGCAGCUGCAGCAAAGGGGUGGCGGAAGAACAGGUCACAGCCCAGAAGCUUUUGCUUCCUCAGUGGGAGAGCCUAUAUGAAGACCUGUGUGGAUGAUGUUAUAAGAAACAGAAGGUGCAUGCAGCACAGAUGCCAGCCUUCUCCAAGGAGUAACCUCUUCAUCCCCAAGUGACACUAGCUCCUGCUAGUACCAUGGGGCCAGAGGGUGGUUUCUUAGGCAGUGGACAGAUCCACAUCAUCCUGUGGGGGAGUUUGGCAGCCAUGACAACACUUUUGUUCCUCACCUUCCUCAUCUUCCUUUGCUCCAGCUGCAACAGGGAAAAGAAGGCCAGACAUCAGAAUGGAGAUCAUGAAAAUCUGAUGAAUGUGCCUUCCGACAAGGAGGUUUUCAGCCAUUCCAUCACAAGUUCGGCUACAGAGCCCCCCCCAGACAGCGAACAGAACGGGGCACUCAGCAACGGUGAGGUUCUUUCCGAAGACAGUACAACUGCCUGUAUCCAGCCUUAUGAAGAAGUACAGACAUCUGAUCUACCAGAUCAACAGGAUAGUCUUGGAAAGUCUAUAAAAUGUCACCAGAGCCGGGAACUACCUAGUAUUCCCCCUAACACAACCAUGGAAACCAUCAUCUCAGCUAGAAAUGCAGAAAGUGACCAAGGUCUCGGAAUGGAAGGGCCUUAUGAAGUCUUGAAAGACAGCUCCUCUCAGGAGAACAUAGUUGAAGACUGCUUGUAUGAAACUGUGAAGGAAAUUAAAGAUGUUGGAGCAGUAGUCAGCAUGGAAGGGAACUGUAACAGCAAAUCAAAGACUUCACUGACAGUUUCUGAAGGUCAGAAUCAGAUUCCUGAGUGCAGAAUUGAAUCAGCAGAAUAUGCAUCUGUUGACCGAAAUAAGAAGAGUCGCCAAAGUGCUAAUUCAGAAAGUCCUCUUGACAACAUACCAGAUGUAGAGGAUGAGCUUCCCCCUCCGGUACCCAUGAAACUUCUUGAUGAAAAUGAGAAUGUGCAAGAAAAACAAGUGGAAGAAGAAGUGACAGAAGGGGCAAGUAAACCAGAGAAGAGGCUUAGUUCAGUGUCUUACAAGUCUCGAGAGGAAGAUCCAUCUCUUACAGAAGAUGAAAUCUCCGCCAUGUACUCGUCAGUGAGUAAGCCGGGACAGGCCGUCAAGGCACUGGAUUCUCCUUACACCUGUAUUCAAGAAAUUGCAUCUCAGAGGUCCCCGUCUAUUUGCAGUGGCCUCUAUGCAAGUGUGAAAGACUUUGAGAACACCCUAAAUUCUACCACUGUGCCUCAGUCAGCGGACAGACCAAACGGGGAGCUGGAGCCGGACUAUGAAGCUAUCCAGUCAGUGAGCCAAGAAGAAGACAGGACCUUGUCUGUGCCUAACACAAACCACACUGCUCUUUCAGGAGAGAAUGACUAUGAGAGCAUAGGGGACUUGCAGCACCACAGGGAAUUCACCAGACUUUAACUUCUCUGGCAGCAGAUUUCUCUGCUGGUAUUUUCAAAGGAACAAGUGAAACAUGGAGAGGGAAGUGCUUCUCCUUUUGAGGAACAAAGCUAAGUAUAGAACACAAUUUGAGAAGAGGCAAUGUAUGUUUCAGCCAGGGUGUGACACCUGCUAGGUUAACCUGGAUGGUGGACUGAGGCUUAUGGCAAAGGGUACGUCAGGUCAGAAGGAUGACCAGGACAACGUAAAGGUUUCUUUAUUGCUAGCUCUGAGGUGACCAGAAUUCAGGAAGAAGUGAGUGCCAUGCUUGGUGUCCCAAUAGGAUUACAUACCAAAAAGACUGCCUUUACACAAAGCUAACUUCUCAUUUUGAGAGAUUAUUUUUUUUCGAAGUGUUUUUCAAGCAUCAUUUUUCAUUCCAGUUUGGGCAUCCACAAUGUUGAGCAAACCAUGGAUCAUUGUACCUCAACUCAGACUUGCUUUGCAAGGCUGGGGAAGGUGCACUCACUUCUGUGUUUUUUGCGGAGCUCUGUCCACAUUCAUUGCAACUAAAGUGCAAACAACAGUACUUCACAAGGGACCUACUCCAAAUGUACUUGAAUUAAUUCUGUUGGCUUUUUCUUUCUUUUUUUUUAAUGUCAAGGGUUGUAGAAUGUGACCUGCAGUAUUUGAGAUGUGUACUGGUAUUUGUAGGGGUUUUGUUUGAUUAUUUGUGAAAUACCACUUGAAAAUGGCAACUGUCAGCCUUAGUGUUCUUGCCAUGUUUCCCUUACAUGCAGAUAAAUACCUACCCACGCAC